GAAGACGGGUCUAAUACACACCUGUAUUUUAUUCCUACCUUUAUUACUCUACAGACCUCUCUCUAGUUGUUAUUGAGAAGUCUAAUGUGGAGUUUAGUAAAAACAAUAUCAGUCAUAUUCAUAACAACAAACUUCGUUCUCUCCGCAUACUUCGCAGUAUGUACAAGCCUGGAUAUAGUCGGAGAUGAACGGAAUGCCAGUUAUACAACCCAGCUGGAAACUACAGAUGAAAUGUUUCUAAAAUCUGGGGAUGAGUUAUAUAACCUGGAAGAGCAGAGAUAUAAAACUAUCCCGGAGUUUAAGGAACCACUCCUAGGGUAUGGAUUAUACUGGAUUAUAAUGAAAGAUGUGGGCUCUUGGUACAGUUCAGAAACCUUUCAGAUACUGAAGGUGUUUAUUCUCACCUGUGCAUUAUUAAAUACAGCAUCAUCAUUAUUUUCUUUAAUGGCUAUAAUUCUUAACAGGGAUUGUUGUUCCUGCUGGUGUUGUCAUCCAACUCCAUUGAUAUUUCUUGAAGGAGCAUUAAGCAUGCUUGAGAUAUUAAUUAUGACAAUGAUUUUAUUAGCAUACAAGGAAGGAGUAAUUUUGUAUACAAGUGAAUUGAUUGUUUUAAUAUCCUUUCUGGUUUUUGUAGCUGUAGAAGGAUGGGUCAUCUCAAAAUUCUACAGUGAAGAAAAGAAAAGAUUUGAGGAAAGAUUGUUUGAGUCUGAUUUUGACUCUGAUUCUGGACCUUCUUCGCCAUCCGAGGGAUCUGAAGAGGAGCAGAUUUUGCUAUCCAUGUUUCCGGAGCUGGAGGAGGAAGUAGUGCUUGAAGUUCUUGACAACUCAGAUAGUUUAGAUCAAGCAGUUAACUCUUUACUUCAACUCUCAGACCCAGUUGAGCCUGCAGAGGGUUUACAGAACCCUGUAUCUACCUCGGAUCCGGAGAGAAUGGAAACCUCUGCUCAAGCAUCUCUGGUACAUACAGAUGAAACCACCCGGAGCAACACAAACCCGUCUAUAAAUCCUGGUGGAGUUAAAUAAUAUUCUAGUGAAGUUUUUUAUUUACAGAAUAUGAAAAACACUUUACACAUUUAAUAAGAAAGUAAAUAUUAUCAAAAAUAUUCUAAAAAAAAGUUCAUUUUAUUUACAAAAUAUUCGAAUGACCUUUCAGAAUCUGUAAAAAAAAGAUCCUAACUUCACUCUAAUCAUUGCACCGAAAACUGAAAAAAUUUCAAAUUUUUUGUUCAAAAUUUUAUCAUGUUUAAAUUUGUAAACAUAAAGCAAAAAAAUGUUGAAAGCUAAACUGCUUCGAAAAGAAACUUAUCGACUUUCAAGGUUGGAAGCAAGUUUUAGUUGUGCGUAUUGUAUACUUAUCAGAGAGAACCAAUGAAAAUACAUAAAAAUGAUAUUUAAAGAUAGAAUAAAUAUUGUCUGAGUGUAAAUGUACCAAUAAAUGUCGAUAAAAACUA